GCGUGUCCAUUCUCAGACCGGCGAGACGCUCAGAGGCGCGCGAGCACGAGCACGAGCACGAGCCGGAGAAGAGACGCGCAAAGUUUCCUCGCCUUCGCGCAGAAUAACCCCGACUUCUGCGAAGAUAUUCACGCUCUUUGAUGCUGAAGUGUGUGUGCUGAACUGGACUUUGUAUCAGAUCCGAUCUAUCACCGCCGGGAACAUCUUCAUCAUCUUCAUCUUCAUCAUCGCCGGAUCACCGGGCGCGCGCACUACAGGAGCUCAUCCUCAUCCUCAUCCUCACGAGUCACGACUCAAACCUGUAGAGAUCCCCUCUUCCUCUCACAGACGCUCCUCGUCCAGAACCAAGCAAAACAGAUCCCAGAGAGGAAUGAGCAGACGCAGAGGAUGUCUGAAUACAGCUCGCUGUUGAGUGAUCUGUCUGAGAACAUCACUAAUGAAGACCUGGAGCAGCUGAAGUCGGCCUGUAAAGACGACAUCCCUGAAGACCAGAGCAAUGCCAUCACCUGCUCCAAAGACUGGUUCAGUUACCUGGAGAAGAAUGACAAACUGGCACAAGAUAACCUGUCCUACAUAGAGCACAUCUUUGAGAUCUCACGGCGGCCGGACCUCUUGACCCGAGUCAUCGAGUACCGCACGACCGUGCUGAAGAUCUCCGAAGACGAAGAGAUCGACACCAAACUCACACGCAUCCCCUCGGCCAAGAAAUACAAGGAUAUCAUUCGCCAACCGUCAGAGGAUGAGAUCAUCAAACUGGCCCCUCCUCCCAAAAAAGCAUGAGGUCAUACUGCUCCUACUCCCUGGCACUUCAUCUUGCCCAUCAUCAUCACCAAACCACGCCCACUGCCCCGCCCACUCCACCGAAUAGAAGCCAAGUAGCCAAUCAGAUCGCCAAGAUGCUUUCCAGCCACGCCCAUGCCACGGAGGCUCAGAAAACUGAACGAAAGACAAAGAAAUGGACCAAAAGUCUUGAGAAGUGAACAGGUCAUAGGUCAGGUUGUGUGUGGGAAUGAAAAACAAUCAUUCUGUGUCCGCUGACGCUCGUGUGGAAUAGUGUAUGUGUGAGAGAGAGUUCAUUCACACCCUCGACAGCGUUGAGUGCGAUCGUCACGUCGGUCAGACCAACGCUGUUCAUGUCUUAAUGUGGAGAAACUGGUUUAGCCACUGAUCGUUGUUCCUUUAGACACAUUUAUUCCUGGUUCGUAUCGUGGGUAGACUCCAGGUCGGUACAUUCCCUUUAAUACACGACUCACAUCAACAUUUAAAAGUGUUACAGAGAAUCUGUCUCUGAAUUUGUGUGAUUGCCACUUAGAAAGCCAAUAUUUGCCUUCUUUAGAAAUGAAAUGCAUUAUUGCAGGGUAUGCAGUUACCUAGUAGAGAAUUAAUAUUGCUUUUAAUAUGUCUGUAUGUCAUACUUCUAGGAAAUAUAGUUUAUUAAAGGAUCAGUUAUAGAAUAAUCACCGUUUUGUAUGAAACGACAGAAUGCUUAUAUAUCAAGUUUGUUAAAAUUAAUGGCAGAAAAAGUUAGACGUCUAUCUUCUAUUAUUAAAUCUAUAACGGGCAUAAAAACACAAUCAGAACAUGCUAGAACACAAAAUAAAAAUCAAUGUGUUUGGUAAAGUUUUAGCUCCGUCUCCAGUAUUUGCAUCAGGAGAUAGAAGGCAUAUUUUUUUUUUUUGUUAAAACUUUAAAUUGCUUAAUUUGACUACUUCUACUGUGAUGUAUUUAUUCAGAUGCCUCAGUAUGCGUCAUGUGAAACAUUAGGAUGACAUCACAUAUAUUUCCUGUUGAUCAUUUAUAUACUAAUAGAGCCUAAGAAACAGCUGCAACUAUUUAAAUCACAUAUGUGGUUAAAAAAAAAUGUAUUAAUGGAUAAUAAACUGCAGCACUCAAUAUGUUGCCAAAAGUCUGUAUGGAUCACAUCAUGUAUCCUACAGCACAUCGUUUAGCAGUUUUCAUCUAUUUUUCAUCCUAGCACAGUAUAUUAAGAUGUGCUGUGUUGACAAAUAUUGAUAUCAUGGUUAUGAUUGUGAUAUUCCUUCGCCUUUUACUCGCACCAUCUGCUGAAAGACUGUUUAACACGACUCUAAAUGCGCUCGAUCACUGUGUCAUGGCUCAGCUCCCGCAGACUGUUGUUUUCCUGCGAUGAAGCCGAAGCGGUUAUCGAGGACACGCCAUUCGUGUUUUAUGCAUCUGUAUUUCUGCCCACGCAUGAGGCCUGCAAAUCUUUCUUAUUUUGAAAAGCUGGAUAGUGACUGUUCCUGAACAAAAUGACAGUUCUGAUUUAUUUACCCACCCUGCAUAGUCGAAAGUCCUGAAUGAUCUUUUCCAUACAAUAAAAGUCAAUGAGGACUACACAUACACACACACACGCUCGCGCACACACACACUCAGAUCUAUAGAUGCUUGUUUCUGCCAUGAAUAAAAUAAUAAAUAUAUAGAUACACAAAUUAAAAAGGUAAUUGUGACUCUGUAUCUAAAAAUCACUGAAUUCUGGAUUUUUAUUAUACAAUUCUGACUUAAAAAAUAAAUAAAAAGUGAUGAUUUUAAUAUAUAUUGUACAUUCGCAAUUCUGAGAAGAAAAGUUAGAAUUGUGAGAUGAAAAGUAGCGUUAAUAAACCGUAAAUAACAACAUAACAAAAAGUUUUUAUUAUUGUGUGGCUGAAAAACUAAAUAAAACUGAAUUGUAACCUCAGUUACACUUUUAUAACUUGCGAUAUAAAAACUUGCGAUUCUGAGGAAGAGGCCAAACUUGAAGUGUUUAAUUUUUUUUUAAAAUGUUAAACUCAAAAUUCCAAGCUAUUAACUUGCAAUUAUGAGCUAUAAACUUUCAAUAAAAAAAAUUGUGAGAUAAAAAGUUGGAAUUACUUUUAUAUAUAUAUAUAUAUAUAUAUAUAUAUUUAUGCGGUAGCAGAAACAAACUGUGAUACGAAUCUCAUUUGCACUUCUGCGUAUUUUUACAUGGUGCAUCGCAUUCAUUCAGCAGACAAGAACCUAAAGCAUUUAGUAUCAAUAACGUCAAACCUGGCUAUAUUUCAAAUUUACAUACAUUUAAAUAUAAAUGAGUUUAUAUAUUUUUACUGUAUUUUGGUCUUUCUGACACAACACUAUCGUUUGACGUCAGAACUAGAAAUUCAUGAUUUCUUCUCGGUCUCUUAUUCCUCUUUCAUUGUAUGCAAAAGUUUUUUCAGUCCAAUAGAUACUUAAACAAAAGAGAGGAUGAGUAAAUGACAGAAUGUGAUAAGAUCAGCGCGUAAAAUCCCACGUCACAAACGAUCCCUUCGGAAAACAGAUUGUACAUUACUCUAUUUAUUGUAGUUUUGCUGUAUUGAUGUUGUUUCUGAUUGUGCACAGAUGUCAUCUUGUGAUUUUGCGGCGUGUGACGUUGUGACUGUGGUGAUGUUCCCUGUCUAGUGUCUCUCCGGACACACGGCCAAACGCUCGUCAGACACACCGUGAUCGCUUUUGAACAGAUUUGUUUCUCUAUUAGUUUAAUGAUUACAGUUGGUUGAGUUUGUUUGCAUCCUCAGUCCUGACUGACUUCUCUGUGAUCUACCAACCAAACGUCCCCAGACCAGCAACCAAGGGCUUCAGAUGUGCUCACGUCAUCCAUCGCACACUCGAUUAGAUGUGGUCCUGUCGAUCUUGUGUUGUGUGCAUGUCUGUGAUCGGCAGAUUCGUCUCGAUCAAGAGCCUCUGUUCAGCACUGUGCUUUGCGCUCGAGAUCAGUUUACCAGGUGUGUUUCUAAAACACAGCGCCUCCACUGGAGAACAUCGGAAAAGCCAUAUUAUUAUUGCUUGUGCUUUUCCAUGUUUCUUCUUUUUUGAACAAUAGAGGCAUAUUCGGAUGAAUUUCCAGUUCCAGCAGAUUGAUGGAAUAUGGUUUAUUUUCCUCACAGUGUCUUUCUUUAGUUUAACACCACUUCUUUUCCUCUAUGCAGAGAUUAUUGGGCAGUGUGCACAAGCGUCUCCUCUUCGCGACGUCGGUAAUAACCACUACAUGCAAGAUUGGCCAAAUGAAACCGCUGAAGCCAUAGACGCAUAAUCAUGUCUUUUGAUUGUCAAAUUGGAUGUCAGAGUAUUAAAACAUAUCAGCCUUGAUAAUGCUGCAAAAGCUCCGUAAUGCUGAAGAUUUGUCGCUAUUGGCGUAACAGAAACACGACUCGAGGUGUUUUAUCCUGCGUCUAAAACAAGUUCUACUGAAACUAACUAAAAAAUUACCACAAAUCUUGUUUAAUCCUAUCCACUUCUGAAUAUGCAUUUUUUUUUUUUAAAUGCAUAAAGAAAAUUAAGCUUAUGUUUUUGAACCACACAGUUUUUGAUAUUGACAUUUGCUUUCGUCAUAAACAUUAAAAUGCAAAAACCUAAAAAAAAAAAAAUGGCUUCAUUUUCUUUUGCGCAAUAUACAUUUCUUUCUUUUUUUUUUUUUUUUAGUUCUGACUAAUGUUUGGUUCUUAAGUUGUACAUACAAAUAUGUUGUGGAUUUAUGAAAGUGUUGUAUUAUUAUUAAUUUAUUUAAUGCUCUGUAUCUUGUUCUGGUUUGUGUACUAACUGGUCAAGCGGGAGGUGUUCAUUCAUCAGCUCAGAUCUGUUCUGUUGGGUUUAUCAGAGUGAUCAAGAUCCUUUUCUAUACUUUCUGUUUUGAUAACUUUACAUUAUAAUUUAUGUGUUUUUUCAUCAUAUCAUUCUUUUGUAUUGUAGUGUUGUUCCUAAUGCUUGUUCUCUUUAUUAGUAAUGCUUCUCAGCAUAAAAUGAGUGUGUAGUAACCAUGUCUUUGUCACGUUGUGAACCGUUCGUAUGAGAGGCCACUGGCUGUAAAUGCAAGAAAAGCAUCUGUCAUUUAACACACGUUUGAAGUUCCCCGUCAGAGUGUGAGACGUGUGAUCAGUUUGUGUAGAGACUGAAACACUCAUCGUCGGUCGAUGAUGACUGAGAUGAUCAAAAAUGGUGUAGAUAAGAGAGUGGAUUGUAGGGCUAUAGUGUGUACUUUGAUCACAGGAAUUAUGAAAGUAAAUAUGAUCAGAUAACUUCUGCAGGGUGAAUCUCACGAAGACCUUAGAAGGCCAUUUAACCCCCCAAACAUGUAAGUAUUAUUUUGUAUGAAGAACAGGAUUUUGUUUUUUGGACUAUAAUAUUUAUUUGACAUUCCUAGCUAAUAAGGAAUGAUCUCUGAUGUUAGUUAAUGUUCUAGUAAAAUUCUUUCAAAGUUAUGAACAAAGACGUUCUUCUAAAGGGGAAGUUCAGCCAAAAUGACAAUUCUGUCAUCAUUCACUCAUACAGGUGUGGAACAACUCGAGGAUGAGUUUUUUUUCUCCCGUUGAACACAAAAUAUAUUUUGAAGAAUAUUGAUAACCAAAAAUUUGACGGUAUGGAAAACAAAAUACAAGGGAAGUCAUUAGUUGCCAUCAACUAUUCGAUUACCAAUAUUCUUCAAAUUCUGGGGUGAGCUAUCCCUUUGAUGUUCACCAAAAUAAAUAAAUAACACUCUCACCCACACAGUUUUUUUUUCUACUUGUUUAAAAACCGUUAAGACAAUAUUUGAAAGUAAUGUUCCAUAAUGUUUGCUAAAUGUUCAAAUGGAGUGUUCCCCUAAUCUGUGAAAGCCUGCCUUGACUUAUUUUCUAAAUUUGAGUGAAUAAUAAUAAUAUAUAUUUUUGGCCCAGAUAUAUUUCUUGAGUGUUUUCGUGAGAUUCCCACGCUUCAUCAAGUGUUAUUGGUUUUAGCAUAGAGACAUUGUGACUUUAUUUCUCUGUUUCUUGACUUCACAUUCCUACAUCUUUGAGGUGGAAGCGUAGACUUUGUAGAGGUUUGAGCUGAAGAACUGAUGAUAGACAUGUUAGACGAGUUUAUGCUACUGUAGAAAUGGAAAGGUGAAUAGAGAGACAUAUCAUAGAUGGAUAAUAUAAUGCACAUUUGUAGCAAGAAAAACAAAUAUGAACACAUGUGAAAUGAUUGUGCAGAUGAGAGCUGUUAGAGCUUACACUGAGGACUAAUGCUCUGGUGUCAGCGUGAUCUGUGUUUGUCCAGAAACAGCCUGUAAUCUGAGUUUCUGUGGCUCUGGGGGCUGUGCUGUGCUGUGCUGUGUGAACUGAAGUGGAUCAUAGAGCUGCUUGACAUGGAAACAGAUAUUGUGAUAACUCUGGUUGGUCUUAGACUCUUGCUGAAGGACUUCUUUGUUUUGGCAUGUUUCGGUCAUUGCAUAUUUAUUUAUUGAUGUGAUGCUCUUUUUAUUUCUUUUCAAAGUCGCUUCAUAAGACACUUUGGCUUGAAACCGCUUUGCAGAUCGCUGAUGUUCUCGCUGAUUGGACUGAUGUCUAAUUUUUCUCUUCUGACAUUAAACCUCCUCGAGCGGAGUGCUGUUAGCAUUUCUUCAGUGAUUCUGUUUGCUUUCUAUCUUUUGUCUUACGUUACAGCAAACACAGUCAUGGACACUCAGUAUGGAAAUCUGUUUGUGAACUAUAUCUAGAAAUGUGGCUUCUCUCUCGGAGUAAAUUAGGCUGAACCGAAACGAUGCCGUUUUGUCAUUGUGCUUAAAUGAAUACAUAAAUAUUAAAUUCUAUAUUAAAAUAUAUUUGCUAACCUA